CGUUUUUAUUUUGACUCUACGUCACGGGUUUCUAACCAAACGCGGGGGGCGAUGCGAAAUUUGAAAUGUGCGAGCUAGCGAGCUAGCCGCUAGCAAACGCCUCGAAUGUACAGCGAUCGUUUUUAUUUUUCCUAAAGACCAUGGCGUCGUAUCAUCAUUUAUUACGCGAAAAAACACCACGGUUUGAAUCUCCCGCUAAGGUGUUCGCCAAACUCAAGUCGAAGGUGCAGAGAGAAGAGACCGAGGAGGAGACUUUUAGAGGCAACGACCCGCGCUGCAACAACAGGGACAAACACGUAACUGUUUUUAUGUCACCGACGAAGCGAGCAGAGAGCACCUGGAUCACCGAGGAGUUUAAGGAGAAUCGCAGGUGUGCUUCCUAUCGCGAUGAAGCCCAGGCCUUGACGCUCUCGCCUAUAUCGAGUCCUCAGAAAACCCCCCGGCAUUCAGAAAUGAUCAGCAAGCAAGUGGAGGAAAUGCGUCCGGUUAUAGGAACCGGUCAUGAAUGCACACCGAGGAAGAGGGCUUUCCUCGAGUCGACAGCAGUGUCGAGCAGAGGGGCCUCUGCUGCCGUCAACAGAGCAGAGCAGAUCCACACGCAGGCGCCUCACAUCGGAGACCCGGGUGCCUUCAAGGUAACCAGCAGGACUCCAGUAAAGGUGCAGCCAGAGGACGGUGACCUUGAAAGCAGCGUGUUUCUGGAAGGGUGUGCUCCUCCUGACAAACUCGGGCCUCCAGCCUUCACGUUCUCGCCCAUGAGAAAGAAGUUAAAGCGAGAUCGGGAGCUGCGGGAGUUGAACAGACUCGUCAGCGAUGAACCCAGAGGUCCGCAACAAGAGAGGAAAACCUCCAGUGCUUCCAAUGGGGGCAACAACGCUUGCACUGAGAGUUUGGGUAAAGUCAGAUGUUUAUCUGCUGACCCAUCCGAGGUGAACCAAUUCACCCAUGAAGCCGUGUUCCCAUCACCGAGAUCCAUCGCAAUGAAACGUUACCAUGUUCCUUUGGAAAAAACACUUCCAAUGUCUCCAGCUAAGCUGUUUGCUUACAUGAAGAAGAGGGAAAGUCAAACGAAGCAGGAGAAAGUUGAGAAAGUCAGCAGCAUCACAAGGGAUCUCUUCGAUCCGAGUGAAUUCCAUCAGUGCGGAGACACGUUGUCUCCGUCCACAGUUCACAACACGGGCGAGGCGGAGGACAGCGCUUUAAGAAGGGCUCCAGAAAGUGUGGCUCCUGUUGUCCGGUCCAGAGCCGAGUCAGCUGGCAGCGCAUCGGACACGGAUCCCUCGGAGGAAGGUUUGAGCCAACCUUUACUGAUGGAGGACCCGCUCGUCCUCAACACGCCACAAAUCUCCAUACCAAAGAAGCAGGAGGCUGUGUUCAAGCGAAAUAAAUGGCGCCAGGGCACAAAGUUCCCAAAUGAGAGUGUGAUUUAUCUCGAAAAGUGGUUUCUGAGGAAGAAUCACAAGGGCCUGUUUGUUGAUGGAAUCCACCGCGAGGAAAGGAUACCAUGGAACAGUAACAUCGUUGUGGACAGAGUCUCUAAUAACGUGGUGAAGACUGUCUCCGGCAGGAUUUACGUCCUGGUCAACAGGAUGAAAAUGAGCUCUGACUCAGGGUUACCCAAGUGGCUUUUGAAGAAGUUUGCCAACGGAUUUCCUCCAGACUGGGACGCCCUUUACAAGAGAUUUCUGUCCGGCGCAAGCGACAACUCCAGCAGAAAACCCGAGAGGAACAGUCAGGGAAAAGGCGUCGCGUCAAAGACUAAAUCCGAGGCGUCCUCCAUCGUCGCCGCUGUGAAGCGACAUAGGAACAUUUCUCCAAAGACGCCCGAUCCUCUUCCUGACCCCCCGUCUCGUCUCAACGUGUCCCGAAGUGGUCGCGUGAUCAGGCCACCUCUGGAAUAUUGGAAAGGAGGGAGAGUCAUUCUGGAUGCACACAUGAAUGUGACCAUCCACGAAUGUUAUGAUACCUCCAUCCACAUGCCUGUCUCUAAAACCUCGUCUGCGAGAACAUCACGGAAACCCGUCUGCGUGUUGCUGCCCUGCAGUGAAGGCCGUCAGCAAUGUGAAUCCAACGGCGAGAAAGAAGAGUCGGUGCUACGGAGAAGGGUCAAAGCUCCCUCGCGCAAACACAACGGCGCCCAAGUGAGAGGCGAGAAGAGGCCCUCCUAUUUACCCCAAACUCCCGCGGAGACCCCCCCGAGCCCUAAGGAUUGGUCUGGCAGACAAACGAGGUCCCACCGAACUCAUCCGGCUGCAGAGAAAACGAUGCAUGUGGACCCUGUCCCUCAAAAGCAAAGGGAACCGCAAAAGCCUUCAACAAAGAGGUCACAAAAACAAACGCGGGACACCACGAGGGCUGCAGCGAGGGUCUCGGGUAGGGAGCGGACCGUCCCAGCACCCCGAGGAUCAGCUGGUGAUUAUGGAUCAUCAACGUUGUCCGAGGAUGGGGUCAAUAGGGGAAAGAACUCUGGGAAAGAAGUGCACGGAAGGAGAGGCUGUAGAAAUCUUGACAAGUGCCGGCCGAGCUACAUGUUCCCGUCGAGCGACUCAUCAAAUUCCUCUGAGUUUGAGAAGGAACUGGAAAAGAAAACCAAAGUAACGCAAACGAAACACAAACAGAGAAAAUGCACAAAGUCUUCAUCUCCCACAAAGUCUUUGCCUAAGUUGACACGGUCCAGCAGGGCGAACAAAGCGAGCGCACCGGUUCGACGAGAUCAAGAUGCCGACGGGUGGACAGAGGCGGAGCUUAUGAAGCUACAGGAGGCCGUGUCCUGCCAUCCUAAGGGCGGGGCAGGCUACUGGGCAAAGGUGGCGAGGAUGGUGGGAACGCGUUCUGCAGAGGAGUGCCACUUCCAGCACACAUGCCAGGAAACCUCCCACACGCCUCCGAAGAGAGCCAAGAAACCCAACAAGGUCAAGUUGGAAGCGCCUAAACAUACAGCUGUAAUCUCUGCAGAUCAUCCGGUGAUAUCUGCACGACUGGGAACCUUAAAGAGAAAACAGCAGGUGCGUCAGUUCCUGGAGGCCAUGCCCCGAGAAGAUGUUGAGGACGUCUUCAGCUCUGCGUACAUGCAGAACAAACGUUAUGAGAUGCCCUCCAUGUGCCCGAGUGACCAGGACUUCCCAUUGUCAGAAAUGGUGCCACAGACACCCAUGUCGACAGGUUUCCCUGAAGUGAAGACUCCUCGUUGUUUGCAAAUCACUCCCGGCAUGAUGGGUUCCCCAAACAGGACCAAUGGCGACAAGUUGGUCUAUAACCUCCAGAAGAGGAUGAAAAAAAAUCGGUUUAACGCCUGCAAACCGGCUGCUUCGAGCUUCACACCCACGCCAUCCGUUAAGCGAACAAUGAGGAGAUGUGGUAACACGGAAAAUGACACCUUUCACGUUUGGGAGAUGUUCCCGGGGAAUGAUGGUGCGCUGCCUGAAAGCGAUGAGGAUGAGGAUUUUUACUACUUGGACAACGCGUGAUUUGCGCUGAAACAUCACAUCUCUCAACAAAAAAAAUAAAAUGGUUUUGCAUAAACUAAAAUCAAUACAGUACAUAUAUAUAAAUUUAUUUUUUCUUUAAAGCCAUAGUUCUAAUGGUCAGUUGUUACUAUACUUUUAAUAAACAUUCUUUUUUUUUUUUCAACAUCCUGUAUUCUCACUUUCUAAUGACCUUUUUUUAACACAUCAUAUUGGGUUGGGACAGAAACGCUGCGCAGAUGUCUGUGUGUCCUUCUGGUAUCUGAGCCAAUUUAAAUAUUUGUUGUUACGCCUGCUGAUUGUGCUGAUUUAUAUUUAUUUAAGUUGUUGUUGUUUCCCCUCCGUUACAGGAGAUCCUUUGACAAUUUUGGUGAGACCUUUUUUUCAAAUACUGUAAUGUCUUUUUAUUACCUUUUUAUUAACACACUUUAUUUAAUGUGUUUGUCGUACUAUACGAUUACCCCUUUUAACAUUUUGUAAAAUUAGCCCAUGCAGAGGUCAUGGAAAGAUGUGAGGGAGAAUAAGGACUCUGAAAUAAAAACACAACCUUGGUUCUGGUGCAAAUUGGAGGGAAUGUUUUUAGCAAUUAUCAAAAGAAUAGAAUAGAAUAAAGCCAGCAGAAUCAGCUGAGGAUGUCUCGAACAACAAACUAUGCUGUGAAGAAUAAAACAUUACAGCCGCAUUA